CACGGCCCGACAGCCAAGCUCAACCAUCUCCCGAAUGGAGCUCACCUGGCUCGCCGAUACACCGCAGUCGCGAACUCGGACGCGGGCCUUGAGAGCCUGUCCGGCCUGCCAGCGUCGUAAAAAACGAUGCCGACACCUCAGUGCAGGUUCGGAGGUCGAGGAGCAUCGACCACCACGGCAAAUCCGGGGUGUAGCCACGACGCAAUCUUCUAGCAGUCAUAACCAUGACUUUCACUAUUCACACCAUCCGCGAUCAUUUGCAAAUGAUCCUCCGCGGGCGCAGACUGCGUCUGCCGGCCCGUCUUUGCCGGCUUUAUCAAGUACGGAGCGAUUCGUGGGUGAUUUGAAUCCCGAGGCCGUCAUUCGCGAACGACUUGACGAGCCGAUUGGCAAUCCUUUGCGAGACCGUGUCGGGCUCUGGAUUAGUUCGCCGGACAGUGCGGACGCGACGCAGACGAAACGAUCCGCUGCGAGUACGGACGCUCUUCCAACGGUGCCCUCCGCCGAGGGUGCUCUCGAUGGCCAGACCGUGGCUGCCGUUCUCUCACAGCGGUAUACAUCAGCAAUGCAAGCUUGCAGUCGAAUUCCCGCCACGACUCGGGAACCCCUCAUAAGUCUAUAUUUCUCCAAGGUCAACCGGAUCAUCCCCUUGGUAGACCAAACCGCCUUUACCUCCCACCAAAAUCAAACACAAGCCCACUCUCCAACCUCGCCAUUCCUCGAAAGAGCAAUCUGCCUCGUCGCAGCCAAACAUCCUACUGCACGUCCUCAUCUCCGCCUGACAGAGACCACACCUAUAGUCUCACCCCGCCACUUCUGCACAGAAAUCUACAAAGGCCUCGUCGCGUCCAUGAACGCAAACCUCGAACCAGAUCGAUACACACGCAUCCGAGUCCUGGCAUUGAUGUCACUGCACUGCGAAGGGUACGAAGGCGCGGAGACCGCGUCCUUGCAUCUGUGUGAGGCGAUCCAUCAAGCUCAAACGGUGGGUUUACAUUUGGACCGGCCGGGUCGGGAAGAUGGGGAUUCGCUGUCGUUGUUGUUUUGGGGGUUGUGGACGUUGGAUAAGAUGCAUGCCAGUUUGGGGGGGAGGCCGGUCAUCUUGGCCGAUCGGGAUAUUGGGAUAGGGAAGCCUGGACCCAAUCUUGGACAGCAGGGGCAGAAUCAGAAUCACGACCAGAACCAGAGACAGAGGCAAGGGUAUACCCCGGUUCGAGGAUCUGGGGUAUCGCAGGGGGCGUUUCGGGUGUGGUUGGCCGUUUCGGAGUUGCUGGCCACAGUGAUAUCCUUCUACCGGCCCUCGGCGGGAGUGACGAGCGGAUGGGAAGAAGGAUUCCCUGCCUUUGAGGAUAUCGUGGGCGAAGCCGGACAGGGCGAUUUAGAUUUUGCUACACUCGGCUUUCUAGAAUUAUACUACCAUUGUGUGGCAAUUCUAUCUUGCCGAUACAAACUCACCGAGCCCCUCGACAACACCAAACUCUCAUCCAUCCGGCAGGGACUCGCCGCCAUCCGAAUCCAUUCCAUCGUCGCAUCCGAAUGCGCGGGGGAUCUUCCGCCGUUACCGAUCGUACCGUAUGCCCUCUCGCUAUCGAUGGGCGUGUCGUAUCGACAAUUACGCUCCAGCAGGUUGAUCACACACUUUGAUCGAGCCAAAGCUAGUCUAGAGGCUAGUUGCGCUUUACUCGAAGAUCUCAGUGCGGACUGGUACUCUGCCGAGGCGAUGGCUCGGCUGGGACGAAAGGCAUUGCAACAGAUUGAGCAUGAGCAUGAGCAUGAGCAUGAGCAUUCACGGCGGGAUACGCCGGAGCCUGUUCAGCUUCAGGCUAGUGUUAGUGGCGCAGUUAUGGAUAGCAGUGUACAAGCCGUUGAUCAUGACAAUGCCCCGAUGAUCUCGGGAUCCGUGGGUGCAGAGUCUAGUCAAAGAGUCGUGGGGGUGGACUCGGCGAUGGCACCGGUUGUGGGUGGUACUGGGAGUGAGGCGGGUUUGGGCAAUUCGAUGGCAGAAGUGGAUCAUUCGAAUGGCUUGGAUAGUGGGAUGCAUGGGUUUGCAGAUAUCGAUACGUUGUUUGGUGAGUUUCUGGACUUGUCGCUGCCGACGAAUUUCUGGGAUCCUAUUUUCCUGGAGGAUGAUAUGAUGGAAGGGUGAUAUACUCCUAGAGGUAUACUCCUAGCUAUACUCCUAGCUAUACGCAAGAAUGUGUAUAUAUAUGCAAAUGUAUACAUGCACGGUCUGUACAGUUCUAUAAAUAUAGAACUCAACUUUGAUGACCGUCUCGGAGAUUGGACGGUCUUGCCCCGCCGAUCUCGCGGUCCAGAACCCCGU